UUCGCUUCCCCACUCCGCUAACGAACCUCCAAUUCCUGUAGGAAGAAUGACGUGAAGACUAUCGAAGAGAGAAUAGCGACUUCUACCCAGCACAUAUCGCAUCAAGUGGCAUUUAGAAUAAGCUGGAAUUGUGCCAUCAUAAAGGUAGCCAACUGAGUAAAGAUGACCAUGCACUCCUGAGUGCACAGCAUCGCUCGUGUUUCCUGCUUUUUCCUGGAUCAUCAUCGGCUCAGUGAUGAACCACACCCCUAGCCCCCACAUGGCCGAGGCCGCUAAGUCCGGGGCGGGCCUGCUCUGUGGCCUGGGCCUGGGGCCGGACAGGGUCCGCUCUCCUGAUAGCCUGACCCACACGCCCAGCCCCACGGGGGGCACCCCCAGCUCCAGCCCUCCCCUGCUGCUCUCCCCUGGCCUGGGCGAGUCUGGGGACUGGGAGAGCCGCGAGGAGCUGCGUCUGAGGGAGCUGGAGGAGGCCAGGGCGCGAGCUGCCCAGAUGGAGAAGACCAUGCGCUGGUGGUCGGACUGCACGGCCAACUGGAGGGAGAAGUGGAGCAAGGUGCGCUCCGAGAGGAACCGGGCACGGGACGAGGUGCGGCAGCUCCGACAGAGGCUGGACGCCCUGACCAAGGAGCUGACAGGCGCAAGACGGGAGCGGCAGGAACUGGCCUCCGAGAACGAGACACUCAGACAGGAAGCACUGCGUCUCCGUGCUGACCAGGCCUCACCCUCCCACGCCCCCUCAGCACCACCAUCCUCCUCCUCCACCCCAUCCUCCUCCUCCUCACAGGCCCUUGUGGACAGCAAGCAGGACAGGGUGGACGAGGGGCCCGGGUCACCAGAACAGGAACCAGUGAGAGAUGUGGACACAGAGAAACCUGACAGACAAAAGGAGCUGGAGCUGUUGGAGUCAGUGCUGAGGUCCAAGGCGGAAGGUCCAGACUCGUGGGACGCCCGUAGCGCCAGCAGCCUGCGUUCUGCCCUGAGUCGACAGGACCGCAGCCGGCUGCUCUGGGAUGACAUCACUGCCACGGAGGAGGACCCCGGCAAGAUCAAUGCCCUCCAGCUCCGCCUCGACGAAUCACAGAAGGUCCUGCUCAAGGAACGCGAGGAUAAGCAUGCACUCAGUAAGAGCAUAGAAAAGUUGGAAACAGAUCUGAACCAAUGGAAACUCAAAUACGAGGAGCAGAACAAGACCAAGCAGGAAGCCAUGAAACAGCUGAACAUGUUGAAGGAGGUACACCAGGAUGAGUUGGGUCGCAUGUCUGAGGACCUGGAGGAUGAGCUGGGAGCACGCACUAGUAUGGACAAGAAACUGGCCGAGCUACGAGCAGAGAUGGAGCGGCUGCAGGUGGAGAACGCUGCCGAGUGGGGCCGGCGGGAGCGCCUGGAGACCGAGAAGCUGGCGCUUGAGAGGGACAACAAGAAGCUUCGGGCGCAGACGGAGGACCUGGAGGACCAGCUGGCCCGUAAACGGCGGCAGGCGGCCAGUGCCCUAGACACUGACCUCAAGACCAUCCAGACUGAGCUGUUUGAGAGGAACAAGGAGUUGGCAGACAUGCGCCACAUCCACUCCAAGGUGAAGAAGCAGUACCAGGACAAGAUGGCCGAGCUGGCCCACGCCAACCGGCGGGUGGAGCAGCACGAGACAGAGGUGAAGAAGCUGAGGCUGAGGGUGGAGGAGCUGAAGAAAGAACUGGGUCAGGCGGAGGACGAGCUGGAUGAGGCCCAUAAUCAGACCAGGAAGCUACAGCGGUCUCUGGAUGAGCAGGUGGAGCAGUCAGAGAACCUCCAGGUCCAACUGGAACAUCUGCAGUCCCGACUGCGGCGGCAGAAGAGCCCGGGCUUGUUUGGGAAGAUGAGGUCAGCUCGGUUCAGCCCGGAGAACCCAGACGGACCGCCCAGCGACCCAGACGAAGAGGAGGAGGAGCUACAGAUCCAGAUCCCAUGAACAAAGGAAGGACACACGGACUCUGACUUAGGGCCUCUUCAUUUCCCACCGUGCGAGUCCCGCAGACAGACAGACUGAUAGUUGGACGGAUUUGAUCUUGACGGCUACUCAUCUCCAUUGACCUGGCUCAGCCUGUUAGAGACUAACACUGGCACAUGGUUGCCAUGGACACCUGUCCCCACCUGCACCUGUGAACUACAGCGCUACCAGCAGGGUUCCAGAGGGAGCCCUCGCUAUACUACGACUGAAAGUACACUACACUACCACUCUCCAGUACAACCCACAGUGCACUGCGGUUACAAGCCACUACAGCCUGAGCCUACAGCCCUCUAGCUCCCUACACCUCAACCGUCAUUACUAUCGCUCCCAUAUCUUCAACACCCGCGGUGUUGAAAAACGCUCUCUCAGUCGCACUCCUCAGGCGAAAGCUCACGCCUCCUCUUUCACCCUUCCGUCCCUUUCUCUUUGCGUCCCGAGUUACUUCACCCAGCGAAUGUUGUACAGUAUCCUUCCUGAUGUAUUAAGAAAAAAAAACACUCAAGAAAGGGGUGUUGACCUAGCUGUGACGUUCCAGCAGUGUUCUGGUAAUGUUAUGUAAUGCGUUUGGAUUAGUGUCGUUAGCUGUACAUACAGCACCUGGGGUCGUCGUUAGUUCAUCAGUGUUUUGGGCUCAGCGUCAGACAGCUAAAUCCUCCCAGUAUUCUUGGGAGAGACUGGGACUGGAUAUGAAGGCCUUUCACUUCUAUGUCCUCUUGUCCCCUCACCGUAACCACUAAGGGACAAGGUGCUUGUGUAGAGGACGGGUCCGUUAGACCUACAGUAUUAACUUCUCGACAUUAGUGGGUUGUUCAUUCUGAAAGAGAAGUUUGUGGUCAACACACACAUCCUUAAAUAAAGCGUAGGUGCCGGGCUAAUUAAGUAUAUACUAGAAAAGAGCAGAAAAGGGCCUGCACACUGCACGGUUUUGAUCCGGAAGGAUCUUCAUCAGGCCAAGACCCUUGUGGAUCGAAACGUUGUCAACGAUGUGGUAAUUGGGAGCAUAUUCAGUGUGCAGGCCUUUUCUGUUCAGUUCAUUCUGAAAGCAAUAAGACAUCGGCUAUCACUCCCACUUACUCAUCUGCUACUACGGGGACCAAGUUAUUUGUAACGGUCAUGCAAAUUAUUUAUGUUGAUGUUUUUGAUAAUUGAUCUGUACUGUGAUCCACAGUGUUUUCUUUUUUGUAUUUAGCUCUAUAAAUGUUAAGUGUACGUAUAAA